CAGAGACACAGGAGCACGAUGGCUGCGGACAGUUCCCUGCUGCUGGCUCUGGUGGAGGAAUUUGUGUCUGGACUGCAGGACAGCAAAGCCAAAGACGCAGCUAAAGGAGUCAAAGACGGACAUUUUACUAUACUGCAAUUAGUGGAAGCACUCGGACUCUGUCUGACUAGUUCUCAGCCACACACACGGGCCAGAGGAGUCCAGCUACUCUCAGAAGUUUUAAAGGAGAGCUAUGGAGAGCUCACUGAGAGAGAGGUGGAAGUGCUCUUAGCCUUUUAUGAAAAUCGCCUCAAGGACCAUUAUGUCAUCACGCCACCUGUUUUACAGGGACUCCAAGCUUUGACAAAAUGUAAGACGCUACCUCCUGGCUCAGCUGUGUCGAUGCUAAGGUCCUUGUUUCAGGAUGUCCAUGUACAAUCGCUGAUGCUGACAGAGAGAGCGUGUGUCUACAACAUGCUUAUCAACCUCAUGGAAACCAGAGAGGCUGAGCUGAAGGGGUUGGGAACAGACUUUGUUUUCGGUUUUGUCCAAUCAAUGGAUGGAGAGAGAGAUCCUCGCAACCUCCUGUUAGCUUUCCAGAUUGCCAGAAACAUCCUUGUCAGAGGAUACGAUCUUGGUAAAUUCGCAGAGGAGCUGUUCGAAGUGACGUCCUGCUAUUUCCCCAUCGAUUUCACUCCACCUCCCAAUGACCCCCACGGUAUUACCAAAGAAGAGCUUAUUCAGGCACUGAGGGCCGUCCUCACCGGGUCUCCCAAGUUUGCUGAGUUUCUGUUACCACUCAUCAUCGAGAAGCUGGACUCAGCCGUUCAGAGCGCCAAGCUGGACUCGCUGCAGACUCUGGCAGCGUGCGUGAAGCAGUACGAGCACAAAGACUUGGCUGAAUUCCUCGAGGGACUUUGGGCCUCGCUGCGCAGAGAGGUGUUUCAGACAUCCAGCGAGAAGAUCGAGUCUGCAGCCCUCGCUGCUCUCACCGCACUCACUUCCUGUCUGUCUCGCUCAGUCCUCAACUCUGACUCAGAAGACUCGCUCAGCAUCUUCUUGGAUCUAAUUCUUAAAGACUGCAAGCAUCACCUUUGUGAGCCCGACUUGAAACUGGUGUGGCCCAGCGCCAAGCUGCUCCAGGCCUCAUGCAGCGCCUCCAACAGGGCGAGCCACAUCGUGACGGCUGCCGUCAUGCCUUCCCUCAUCGAGCAGUAUACCAACAGAGCACAGUGUUCCCACAGACGGACGUUGCUGGAGGUGGUGCAGCGGUUCAUCCAGUCAGUCAAAGCCUACCCGUCUUCAGAUAACUCAGAUGAAAGUGUGUUUUCAGCCUUCCGAGCCCCUCUGUGCAGCAUGGUGUUUUCAGCCCUCUCUGAAAGCAAUUCCAGUCUGCAGAUCACCGCCACUGUUGUUCUCACCUCACUGGCACAGCAAACAGCACUGCUGCUGGACUCUGAUAUGGAGCUCGCCAUAGAUCACCUGAUCAGACUGUUGCUGACCGACGAAGACGAGAGAGUCAGCGUGGCUGUGGUGGAGUGCGCGGGAGCCUUAGCACAGCUGCACCCGACAGCCUUCAUCACCAAACUGAUCCCAAGAUUAAAACAGGAGAUGUUUUCCGACCUCGGUGCAGCUUCUGAGCUCAAUUCCCAUCAUGCAGUGCGGCAGAGGUGCCUGCCGGCCCUGGCCGCGAUGUCCGUCCAGCACAGCGUCGUCCAGGAGAGCGCGCCGGUCCUCCUGGAGGUGCUCAGCUCGGCGCACACUGGGCGCGCCGGCUUCUCCGUGGACGAAGUGGUCCUGGCCUGCCGCAGCCUGCAGAGGAUAGCGGAGCAGGCGGAGGACGCGGAGGAGACGGGCCGGUGCUUCCACCACCUCGUCAUCCCACGGCUGCUGUCUUUGGCGCUGCAGGCGGCUUUGCAGGGUGAGCAUCCAUCUGGUCAUCGGAGUCCUCUAGUGGAGGAGCUGGUCCUGUCCGCUAUGGUGCCUGUCAUCAGUACUUCCUGCUCCCGGCUGCAGCCCACGUUGGCGGGACAGACGGCGUCGAAGGUUGUCUCCCUCUUCCUGGAUGGUGACGUCUCUUUUUUACCGGACAACUCCUUCCCCUCACACAUCCAGCUGCUCCGGCAGAGGGACUCGUGGAGCCAGUCUCAGCUGGUCUGUCUGCUCAUGGGCUGUGUGUGCUCGCUGCCCCGCACCGUGGAGGUGCCCCAGAUAGAGCAGCUGUUGGCACAGCUGGAGGAGAUGAGCUGCUCCUGCAGCCACCCGCUGUCCUACACCUCCGCUGCCAAGUGCUUUGCCGGCCUGGUCAACAAGAUGCCUCAGGGCGAGUCUCUGGACAGCUUAAUUCAGGGGACGAUGAAGAGAGUGUGCGGCGAGCUGGACUGCUCUUCCUCUACCGUGCGGACUCAGGCUUUUACGCUCAUGAUUUGGGUUGCCAAAGCUCUCCUCCUGCGCUACCACCCUCUGUCCACAUCGCUGACCGACAAGCUCUUCUCUCUGCUGGAUGACGCCGACCUGGGCCCCAUGGCGGCCGACGGCUUCUCGCUGCUAAUGAGCGACUCGGCCGACGUCCUGAACCGCGGCUGCCGCGCCGACGUCCGCAUCAUGUACCGUCAGCGCUUCUUCAGCGAGAACUCGGCCAAGCUGGUCCAGGGUUUCAACGCAGCACCGCAAGAGAAAAAGUCCAACUACCUGAAGGCUCUGUCUAACAUCGUCAAUAAGCUGCCGCAGCAGGUCCAGGUCACCGAGCUACCAGCAUUACUUUCUCUGCUGCUGGAGGCCCUGACGUGUCCCGACCAGGCCGUCCAGCUGUCCACCCUGUGCUGCCUGGAGCCCGUCCUCACCAGCCCCCCCCAGGCUCUCAUACAGCAGCUGGAGGCUUUGGUCAGCCGGCUGCUGGCCCUCGUCCGCAGCCCAGCCAUGAACGUACGGAUUGCGUCCAUACGGUGCAUCCUCGCCCUCUCCCACUUCCCUGUUCCUCUUGGGGAGUCCCGGGGGGAGGUGAUGUUCCACCUCACGCGCAGUCGAGCCCAGAAACCCCAGGACCAAGUGUGGAAGCUGUGCCUCCUGCUCCACGGCUCCCCGUUAUCCCUCUGA